CUCCCAGAAUGGAGAGGAAGGUGGAGCCUGGCCGAACAACCAGUUUGACACGGAGAUGCUCCAAGCCAUGAUCCUGGCUUCAGCAAACGAAGCUGCUGAUGGCAACUCGACCCUGGGCGGUGGGAAUGGAACCAUGGGGCUGAGCGCUCGCUAUGGCCCCCAGUUCACCCUCCAGCAUGUCCCCGAUUACCGGCAGAAUGUCUACAUCCCUGGCAGCACCGCCACUCUCACCAAUGCCGCCAGCAAGCGUGACGCCAAGAACGCCAGCUCCGCGGGAGGCAACAAGAAGAAAUCUGGGAAGAAGGAGAAGAAGUAG